AUGGUGUCCUGGUCGUUGCGUCUCGCUGCCCUUGCCCUUUUCUUCACAGCCCAAGCGCGUGCAGGGCUGUCUGGAAUCGGUCCCUUGCAAGUUCCACUAAGCCCUGAUUCCCCACUUCCUCUCUCGGACGAGGGCUUCACAUCGACUACUGUAGUGAAUUCAGAGGGUGCUCUUUAUGAGCAGUUCGCGCAUCCUGGGUUUGCAAACUAUCGUCUCCGCCUAGCGCAGCCCAGCAUUUGCGACCCAACGGUCAAGCAAUACUCGGGAUAUUUGGACAUCUCCGACACUCGCCAUUUGUUCUUCUGGUUCUUCGAAGCCCGUCACGAUCCCGACUCCGCUCCCUUGAUGCUAUGGCUUAACGGCGGUCCUGGGUGCAGCUCUACCACCGGCCUCCUCUUCGAGAACGGCCCCUGCACCAUCACGGGUCCUAACUCCACCACCCCCAACCCCCACUCCUGGACGAACGUCGCGAACAUGAUCUUCCUCGACCAGCCCAUCGGCACCGGCUUCUCCUACGCCUCCGACGGCUCCAAGGUCGACACCCUCGCCGACCUCGCAAUCGACGUCUACGCCUUCCUCCAGCUCUUCCUCGCCCGCUUCCCCGCGCACCGCGCUCGCCCGCUCCACAUCGCCGCCGAGAGCUGGGGCGGGCACUACGGCCCCCACAUCGCUUCACACAUCCACGAAAAGAACCUCCUGCUGGGCCCCGCUCCCGCUCCAGGGCAGCUCCACAUCCCUCUCGCGUCGCUCGUGCUCGCCAACGGGCUCACCGAGCCGCGGACGCAGUACGGGAGCAUCCCGGAGUUCCUCUGCGGCGCCGCGCGCACGCCGUACUCCCCGCUCGCGCCGGACUCGCUCAAGUGCGCCGCGCUGCGCGCGGAAGGGCCGGUGUGCGAGCGCAUGAUCACGGCGUGCUACAAGGUCAGGUCCGCGGCGACGUGCGACCCCGCGACGGCGUACUGCACGGCGCGCGUGCUGGGCGCGAUGGGUGAGUGGCCUGUUCGCUCCUCACGUGGCGUGCCGGGCGGCGUUUUGACGAAGUUGCGGGCAGCAGGCAGCGAGCAAAACCCGUACGAUCUUCGGAUCCCGUGUAAGGACCCGCAGGGCGUGUGCUACGCCGAGAUGCAGUGGGUGACUACGUGGAUGAACGAGCCGGCGACGAAGAGUGCGCUAGGCGUCGACGCGAGCCCUGUCGAUUUCGUGCACUGCAACAUGACCGUCAAUGCCGGCUUCUACCUCCAGGGCCAGGCGGCGCAGAACAGCGCACGGCUGCUGCCGAAGAUUAUCAAGGCCGGGAUCAGGCUGUUGGUGUUUGCUGGGGAUACUGCUCGAGCACAAGCACCACGAAGAGUUUUCGAAGGCACCCCUCCUCCCCUUCUGACGGAGCUCACGGGCGACAUCGGUGGCAAGGUGCGCAAGGCGGGAGGGGACGGUGCUGGCAACGUGACCUAUGUCCAGAUCUUGAGGGCGGCCAUAUGGCGCCGCACGACCAACCGGAGGCUACGCUGGAUUCCUAAAUGGCAGACGUGA